CAUUUGUAAUGAUGAGAGAGAAAAUGAAGUAGCAUAUAUAUGAAUAUAGAGAGAGAAUACUAUGCAAUAUCAUUUCUCAAAACAUAUAUAGCUAAUAAAAGUGUGACAGGAGGAACAAAGGCAUUUUCGAGGCUAGCAUUGAUUAAUUAUCAACCCUAGCUAUAGCUAACGACUCACAUGAUUGACACGGACAAGAAGUAAGCUGCCAACCAUCAAAUUUUGAUCAAGAAUUCUGCUGCAAGCAUCAUCACUUACCAUCAGUUUCUUAGAUAGAUAUAUAUUCUGUCACACUUUCAAUUUACAUAAGUAUAUAAUUUGUCGCAUUCCACGAUAAAUAAUGCAAUCCCACCAAUAUUCUUGAAUGUGAAAAAUUCAAAAUUCUUGCAUGUGACAAAAAUGGAGGGCAAGAUGAGCCAUGACAAAUUCAAGGUAGCAUAUAUUCUCCAUUUCUUUCUGGGAGCUGGGAAUUUGCUGCCGUGGAACGCGUUGAUCACCGCGGUGGACUACUUCGGCUCCAUCUACCCGGGCCGCCACGUGGAGAGGGUCUUCUCCGUCGUGUACAUGGGCUCGUCGUUGCUACUUCUUGUCCUCCUCUUGAACUGCCCCAAGAGUUUGAGUUUGAGUGUGAGGUUGAGAUUGAACUUGGGGUUUUCUAUGUUUCUUGUGUCAUUAAUGGCUACUCCUCUAAUGAAUUGGACAUGCCCCCAAAUGAGUACAACAACCUCUUACUAUGUGGUGGUUCUCACAGUUAUGAUAUGUGGGUUUGCUGAUGGAUUGAUUGGAGGUACCCUUAUUGGAGCCGCUGGGAAGCUCCCCAAACACUACAUGCAGGCUGUUUUCGCCGGCACCGCCUCCUCUGGUGUAUUGAUUAGCAUAUUGAGGGUGAUAACAAAAGCAUCACUCCCUCCAACACCACAAGGCCUAAAAACGAGUGCUGAAUUCUACUUCGUCGUGGGCUCUGCAGCCCUAAUUUUAUGCAUCAUCAUCUGCAAUCUGCUCUACAAGCUGCCGGUAAUGCAGCAUCACUACACGAAUUUCCGACAAAUGUUACCGGUGAACAGCUGCUCGAAGCUCAGAUUGCGGCAAACUUUCAAGAAAAUUAGGUUUCCGGCAUUCGGGGUGCUGAUGAUCUACACGGUGACGCUGUCGAUUUUCCCGGGUUUUUUAGCGGAGAACAUCAAAUCCCAAGUGCUCAAGGAUUGGUACCCGAUCGCGCUGAUCGCGACGUACAAUUUGUCGGAUUUCGUGGGGAAGGCGGCGACGGCGGUGUACGUGAUGGAGGGGAUCGAGGCGGCGACGUGGUGGUGCGUGGCGAGGUUGGCGCUGUACCCGCUGUUUGUUGGGUGUUUCCGGGGGCCGGAGUGGCUGAGGACGGAGGCGCCCGUGGUGGUGCUGACGUUGAUGCUGGGGUUUAGUAAUGGCUACCUUACUAGCGUUCUGAUGAUCCUGGCGCCCAAGGCGGUGCCGGAGGCGGAGGCGGAGGUCGCCGCCAUUGUUAUGGCGGUGAUGCUGGCGGUGGGGCUGGUGGCCGGCUCAGUCAUAGGGUGGUUUUGGGUCAUUUGAAAAUUAAUGAAAUUAUGUCGUGAUUUGGAAUUGUGUGUAUGUUUAGGUAGUUGUUCCUGUUGAUUUUGUGUUGGGAUAUUUGUUCCAAUUUGGGAUAAUUUUCAAUGUAUAAUUUAAAUAUAAAUGACCAAUUGAUGAAAUGACAAAUCUACCGAUAACGUUUGUAA